AUGAGCGACGACCUGUUUUGGCGAUACCCGUUACCGUUUUGGCUGAGGGAUUGUGCCCUAGGCGAUCCACCGCUAAUUGAGGAAACUGAAUGGCGAAUUGCUACCCAACGCCAAGUUCCAUUUAAAUUUCAAGAAUUGUGCGAUGGCGUUCUGAUGAGCGUGUUGCUCAGAUUCAUCGAUCCCAGUACGGAAAUUUUCAUUGAUCAAAAUGUUGAUAAUGAACGAGAUUCUGCUUUCAAGCAGAAGCAACUUCGCGUAUUCUUUAACGCAAUUUCCAGGUUUUAUAAGGUUCGAAUGCAACAGAUUAUAGUGCUUUCAACGCCCGAUUUUUCACUUAUUGCCAGGAGCGUGAGUCCAGAUGAAUCUAUUGAAGAAGUCAACAAAUUGAUAUUGUUACUUCUUGGUUGCGCAAUUCAAAGUGACAAGAAACGUGAUUUUGUAGAUCGAAUCACUAAAUUUGAUCGGAAUAUUCAAAUUGGUCUUGCUUCCUAUAUUCAACAGCUGACUGAAGGGGAUUCCGUAGUCAUCAGUUCAAUUCGUAGUGAAAUAGUAUUCCGACACUUGGACCAAGUAAUGAAGGAUCGCGACAUGCAAGUCGAAAUUUCUUCAAUUGAUCAUGAUAGUGACGAGGGAAGUAGUAUCACAACGAGUUCUAGUUUGAAUGGAGAAAUUAAACAUUAUGAUCGAUCGACGUCUCCAAACUCCUUUCAAAGACAGUCUGCCAUUGAGCUUGCUCACGUUAAACAAGAGAUGAGAAGAUUAAGAAAAGCUGCUGAAGAUAGGGAUGAAGAAAAUCAGAAUUUGAUGAAGGAUCUUGAAUCGAAAAUGUCGAAGAUCACACACCUUGAAAAUGAACGCUUAGAACUGCUAAAGAAAGCGAGGCAAGUGCGAAACCUGCAGGAUGACAUUCAGGUGGCUCAGCAUGAAAUAGAAAGGCUCAAAUCUCUAGAAGGGGUUGACAAACAGCUGAGAGAGACCAAAGAUCAGAAUGAGCUUCUACAAAUGAAGUAUGAGGUAAUCGAAUCGAAGUGUAAAACUCUGGAAGAUACCAUUGAGGAGCUCGAUCGCAAAAUUGAAAAUCUUCAAAUAGAAAAUAUGCGAUUAAACGAUGUAGUCAAAGAAUUCGAACGAUCGAAAACUUGCUUCAGGGAUUUGGAAAGUGAAAUUGAGAAAAAAAAUUCUGAAAUAAAUGAGCUCAAUGAAGAGAAAUACCGAAUGGAGAGAGAACUGAAGGAACGAGAGGAAAGAAUAUCGCAGCUAGAAUCGAACUCGCCGUCAUUUACCCCUCGGCAUAUUGGAUCUUUAGCUGAUCAGCUUGAUGAUGCUGAGAAAGAGGAGAUGGAUCGACUUCGAGCUGAGAACCGCAAGCUUCGUGCACAAACCGAAGGCGCAGUUCCAGAGAAUUUUGAACUUGAUAAGCUUAGAUCUAAACUUGCCGCUCAAGAGGUUCUGCUGGCUGAGACUCGCCUAGAAUCUCAGAAGAUGAAGGUAGAACGAGAACAGAUUGAUGGAACAUUAGAUCGUGUCAGCAUUGAGCUUGAACAGGCCACUAUAAAAGUCGAAGAUAUGCGGGCCGAAAGAGAUGAAGCUAUUCGAGGUCUUCACGAAGCCCGCAGAAAGUUUGCUCAAUUCCAAACGGAAUUUGGCAAGAAGAUUGAAGAAAAGACGGAGUUCAAGAUUCGCGACCUUGAAUUCGAACUUAAAGAAUCUCGAAGGAAGUUAAAUCAAGCUGAAGAGGAUCGAUUGGAGUCGGACCAUCACUUGGAGCGUCUUAGAGAUGAACAGAGGAAGCUAAGGUUCGAAGUCGAUGAGAUGAGUGAAGAGAAGUCGCAGAUGGUGUCCGCUCUUGCACAUGCGGAGCGAGCCAGGAAGAACGCUGAAACAGAGCGGAACGCCCUGCGAGAGAAAAACGAAAAGAUUGAAGAUGAGCUAGAGGAGCUGAGGCUCAGGCUUCUUAAUGUCGAUAAUUCCGCCAAACGGCUUGAGGACCGUGAGAAGCUGAUUGUCGAACAGCAGAAUCGGCUAGGUGAUUUGGAAUCCGAAAACAAAACGGUUCAGCGGCAAUUAGAAUUUGAGUUGAAAAAAACGCAACGACUUCGUGAAGACCUUGUUAUGGAGAAAUCAAAGGGUGCCGAACUGAUUGGAAGAUUGAGAUCACUGUGUGCAGCUGUGGCAAUGAAUGGCGGAAAAAUGGAUACUAGCGAAAUGGGCGACACUGAACUCGUUAGCACCAUUGAUGAUAUUAUUAUGAAUGCUUUGUCUAAUGCAAAACGAGAAUCGGAUGCGUUGAGGCUUCAACAACACCAGCAGAUUGCAGAAUUAGCAGAUUUGAAGACAGAUAUCGAGAAAUUGAGAAGAACCGAGAGAGUUUCACUAUUGGAGAGUGACGAUCGUGUCCGCGAGUUGAAUCAGGAAAAUGUGAACAUGAAAGAGCAGGUGUUCAUACUACAGGAGAAAAUUCGUGAACUUAACGUCGAAAUAUCGGCGAAGCAAAAUGAGAUCCAGCUGGCGCGUUCCAAUAUUGAAGAGCUCAACCGGAAUGCUACAGCAACAAGCGUCAAUAACACUGAGGUUGCACGCCUUCAAGUUUCUUUAAGGAACGCUCAGCUACAAGAAGAACUCGUCAAACAAGAAAACACGGAACUUCGUAAACAACUUGACUUUGCGGAAAAAAACGCAGCAAAAACCAAGACGGACUUGAAUGUGCUUGAAUCGAUGCACAAAGCACUUCUAUCGGACCACAGCCGCCUACAGCAAUUGCACAACCUUCUGAGUCGCGAUUACGAAGAUACAAAGAACGAGUCGAGCGAAAUGCGUGCAAAAUUGCGUGCUCAUCAACAUUCUUCGCCGGUUACUUCUCAUCAUUCACGUGAACUCGAAGAGCUUCGCACUCAGUUAGCGCUGGAGAAAUCUGCCAGGGACAAACAACUUCGCGCGUAUGCAGAUUUGCAGAAUGAGCAUGGUCUGGUACGACGACAAGUGGACCACUUACGAACUGAAAAUGAGAAUUUGGCAAGAAAUCGCGAUACUCUCAGCCAGGAAUUAAGAAAAAAUCGCAAUAACGAUAUUACGAAAAGAUAUAACGGAUUGUUAGAGGAUUUGAAUCGACAACUUCAAUCGAAGGAAUUAGAAAUAGCUAAGAUGAAUCAUAAAAUUGAUGCACUCACUCAGUUAAAUCAAACGUAUAAUGAAGAGAACAGGAACCUCUCUAGACAGUUGGAAAUUCUUCUUGCUCAAAAUAAAGAACUACUUAAUAGAGCUUUGAAUGAUAAGGAUCAAUAUCAUUCGGAGAUGAAAGACUUCCAGGAACAGCUCACAGCAUUAAGAAGGCACAAAGAAAAACUCGAAGAUAAGAUAAUGGAUCAGUAUCGCACUAUGGAGAAUAAAAAGACGCAAGAGAGAAAGCAACCUCUGGUCAAAAGAGCAGCAAAAGCUUUGAUCAGUCGGCGGCGAGCAUCGUCCCAAGGCGGCUCAACGACAGAAGAUUCAAGUGCAUACUCCGCCGAUGAAGGAGCCUCACCACCCCUAGGUAAUAAUAAAUUAAAACCCGAAAUCUCCGCUCCAAUUGCCUUGUUGUCGUCCAUUCCGGAAAGUUGUCCGCUUCACGGCAAACUACGUGAUAUUACUCCACAGUUCGCUGAAGAAGCGCGCAUGAAAUCAUUGUCGCUUCGUCUUCCUACGAUGCGUCGUCGCGCGCCUCUAUUUCGCGAUGAUACAAAUCGCGGAGCGUACAAUAAUCCGAAUGUUCGAGAAGUUCAUGAUAAUUUGCUGGCGACAUGCUCGUCUUCGGAAGAUCAUGAUUGCAACUCACUGAGAUAUGAGUCAAUCAAUGUUCCUAGAGAGAUUUUACAAACAUUUUCGUCGCCAUUAAGACAGCGUGGAGAUCCGAUUGGUGGAUCGGUUCGGUUACCCUCAACUCAUAUUCCACGGAUUUUACAUUCGCAAACUUAUGAUAAUUUUAAAGAUCUUCCGGAGAAGCAGCUAAAAUCCCUACCUCCUCGAGCCCCAAUUAGAAAUUCCUCAGCGACGUCUUCACUCCGCCUCCGACCCCCUCCACCCCCGUAUCCAUCCAAAAAUCAUAAUCAAUCGUUGCCAGUAUAUUCAAUCCAUAAUUGCGACACCUCAACAUCACCGCCGCUGUUCCAGCCAAGAUCCGCAUCUACUCCUAAGCCUGAUGAUUCACUGACGUUAAUGAAUGAUUCCAUCCUGGAUCGUUCAGUUGUUCCUGAAGGCGAAAAACGUAGUUUUGUUAGAGAAAAAGACGAACGAACGGACAAGGCGUUGAGCUACUAUGAAAAUGUGCAGGGGCCAUCAACCUCGAACUCCGAAGGAAAAGUAAACGAAUCAACAGUGUGGUACGAAUAUGGAUGUGUGUAA